CAGGAACGAAACACUGUCAUGUUGCUCAGAGAACUAAAACAGUGCUGUGGCUGUGCUUGGAAUGAUUUUUGUUGGCGAAAUAGAGCAAAAACAGCCAAUAUGGUGUCUAAAACGUCACACAAGACCUUGCGAUAUUAUCCUGCUCCCCUGCCCUCACACCUCUCAUUUAGUCCACAUUACCAGAUGACGUAUCGGAGAUCCCCGUGCGCUCCUAGCGCUUUUCCCUUUUGGCGGUCCGUCCAGUUGAAGCCGUCUGAUCGGGCAAGGAGGCGCCAGGUUCUCCCGGGGGAGAGAGAAAGUCAAGGACUGCAGCUCGAGAUGCAGAAUAACGUAAUUCAAUCUGCUCUGAAUUCAACCUAAUUACAGCAGAAAGCACAACAGUCAUGGGAAGGAUGGAGAAUGGUGCAAUGGAUGCGAAUCCCCACUUUGACAGGCUCAUCGGCGCGCGCAUACACAUAAGCAAACACACACAAGCGCGCGCACACACAUGCAUUUGAGGGGCACAAGGCCAAGAUGCACACGAGGAAAUGCUGAAGGAACAUGAAACAUUAUGUUUUUCAACGUGAACGACAACACAACAGCCCUGGUGAAAAACAGAAGCGGCUUCUUUAAGAGAGGGGUGCGGGCGCGAGGCAUUGUCUCUACAGAAGUGCGCAAGAGCCAAUGGAGAGGCGUGUGACAGAGUUUGGGCAGAAGGGGUUUGUCUCACCUGCUGGAAAUCACUUCAAGAGGAGCGUGAACAGGACAUUUUCAGCUCACGACAAUUAAUAUGCACGUAUCGGACAGUUAACACUUCACUUUAGAUAACAGUGAUGAGCUCAAGUCUGGGCCGUGCGCCUUUCUGAGGUACGGCACCACUCCAGAAACGCGUCCGGUUUGUUUGCUACAACUUGGCAACUCAUCACUUCGGGAUUUAACUGAGCGCGGAGCCCUUUCUACUGUCGAGUUGCUUUUUUUUUAGGCAUCAUCAUGGAACUGAAAAAGAUGCAAGACGCACUCAAUGCAAGAAAGUGUUGGAUAAUGCUGAAUUAAUCGUGAAGGAGUCAAUGUGAUUUCUGUUCUUCACUGUUUUUGUACAUCAAAUGGCAGCGAUAUAAAAUUGCAUGGGCUCUCAGCACUCCAAGGAAGAAUAUUUGUUUGUUAAAAAUAAAUUCUGUACCUUUGGGAAUAAAUCGUGUUGCGUUGAAGUUUUAGGAAUUAAACAUCGCAACCUUCCAAGCUGUGCGCAACAGAAAGAACCGCGACGAUGGAGCACACGGGGAUCGAAGAGGUGAACCAGACGCACCAGCAGCACGAACCCAUCAGCUUUGGAAUAGAUCAGAUUCUCAAUGGCUCGGACCAGCCGAGUAGUUGCAUGCUGCCGAGCAGAACCGGAGACCCGGACUACGCGCUCGCGCCGAACGUCUAUGCCAACGGCUACAACAGCGUGUACAAUCCGGCCUGUUCGAUGGCGGCGGGACUUGCAGGUUCCUACAACGUAAACAUGAACAUGAAUGUCAGCAUGAAUAUGAACGUUAACGUGAACUCAGGGAAUGCAGGUGGUGUCAUCCGCGUCCCGGCCCACAGACCCAUGCCACCCGCACCUCACCCGCCGACUUCUGCCCAUCCACCGGGCAUCGCGGCGGGGAUACCCACCAUGCACACGGUACCCAGCAUGGGCAGCCCCGCCAGCUUCACGUUCCCCUGGAUGGAGAGCAGCAGAAGAUUUGCCAAAGAUCGGCUGACCGCUGCUCUUUCACCGUUCUCCGUGACACGACGGAUCGGUCAUCCGUACCAGAACCGAACUCCACCGAAACGGAAAAAGCCCCGCACGUCGUUCAGCCGCGUGCAGAUCUGUGAGCUGGAGAAACGCUUCCACCGGCAGAAGUACCUGGCGUCCGCGGAGCGCGCCACGCUCGCCAAGGCCUUGAAGAUGACAGACGCUCAGGUCAAAACCUGGUUUCAAAACAGAAGAACAAAAUGGAGGAGGCAGACUGCUGAGGAGAGAGAGGCUGAGCGACAGCAAGCCAACCGUCUGAUGCUGCAGCUACAACAGGAGGCCUUUCAGAAGACCCUGAGUCAGCCGCUCCAACAAGACCCUCUCUGCCUACACAACUCCUCGCUUUACGCCCUGCAGAACUUACAGCCUUGGGCAGAAGACAACAAGGUGACGUCCGUCACCUCAGUCGCAUCUGUGGUCUGACCCACAACUCUCAUGUGUGCUAGUUAAUUGAGAAAGGAUUUUAUAGGAUGCCAAUUAGAACUUAAUUUAGGCGGAUCUCUGACAUUCUCACUUGGACUCACUUCAUGAGCAUCUGUACCAAGCCAUACUUUUUUUUCUGUGAGAUGGUAGAAGAGAUCUAGCUGUGCAAAAACAUCUUUUCCACUCAUUUAUGGAAAGAUUCUAUUCAAUUUCCAUGAUUUUUGACAGGAUCAGCUUUGAGCCUGUGAUAAAAACGGCUAGAAAAACCCAAUAACAUAUUAAACCGAAUUGUAUUUUUCUGUGUUUGUUUAUCAUUUUUCAGAAACAUGCAUAUUUAAGUCUUGGCAUGGAACAAAAACCCUAAUUAAAGUGGAAUGAAAACAAACACACAUUUUCAUUCCCACCUGAAUCUGACUGGUCAUUUGCUCGUCCCUUACGCUACAUUCUCGUUCCUCUUUCUUCAGCUACCCAUCUAAGAGAGGGAGGGGCUUUGUCCUUUCCAACCCAAAACCGCAAAGCUGUCUGAUGAAUUUCUCCCAUCAAGACGGCUGUUUGUCUACGUGCCAUUUGGCAUCAAGGAGACUGACUCAACCCCAGACUCGUUCAUUCUUGUUCUUUUUAUUUGUGUUUUUUUUUUCUUUCUUUGGACUUUGUAAGAUGUGUUUGUGAUGCAUGUUCUCUACAUUUCCUGUAUGAAGAGAUGGACUAAAAACUGUUAGUUCUGUCAAGCUGGAGUCCUUCCUAAAAUGCACUUUGGAAGCAAUUAUGGAGGCACUCUCUAUGGAUUCUUCAUGACGUGACGUUUAAAGGUGUUUUAUAUUAAAAAGAAUUGUGACUUCUAAGACUUCCGUUUUAUCCUGUGUAAAAUUAAUUUAGAAUUGGUGAAAUGUGCCCUUUUUGCAGAACUACCGAAUAUAGAAUAGCAGAACUAAUGCUAUUCCUACACUCUUAAAAAUAAAGGCUCAUUAUUGGCAUUGAUAGUUCAAUAUGAGAACCUUUAACAUCUAUGGAAUCUUUCCAUUGCGUUUCUAGUGGAAAACGGUUCUUUAGAUUUUAGAUGGUUGAGAACUGUUCAUUGAAAGGUUCUUUGAGGAACCAAAAAUGGUUCUUCUUUGACAUUACAGCAAAUACACCCUGUUGGAACCUUUAUUUUUAAGACUUUAAACUCAUUCAAUUGGUUGAGCCAAUAUUGAGCUGAUUGGGAUGCUAAAACAGAACAAUGUUUUGAUAGUACCACCACCAUUUUUCAGGGAAAACAAACAACAAAUGGGUUAUUUUAACAUUGAUAAAAACAUGCCACUUUGAAUUUUACUACUGCCUAUAUUUAGCCCAAAUCAUCAUUCAUUGUCAACUUGUGAAAACCUGCUGGUGAGAACCUGUGAGUACAGUUUGUAUACAAAAAACAAGUCCUUGACAAGUAUUUUGAAAGCAUUCAUCACCCAUGUCCACCCAGACACCAUAAGGGCGUAAACAACUGAUGGGAUCUCUGUGAGCCAAGACAGCAGUCAAAACAGCAGUUUCCUCAUUGGUUAUAUCACAGUAGAGUGAUGCCCAUGUGACACAGGGAGGGGACGUGGAAUCAUAGCAGUUUUAUUCGCAGUAAAUGAGCCUUUACAUUCUGUUCUACACACGACUGCAUCUCCCAGGAAAUGCUAAAGCGCUAAACUGAUUACAGCGCUCUACAGCCUGUGGCUUACAGAAAAGAACCAGCAGUUGCACAAACCCAGCUGCUGGAAAACAAGCGUCUUUCAACAGG